AUGUUUAAAAAGUUUGAUGAAAAAGAGAGUGUAUCAGGAACAACUCAACUUAAAAGUUCGGUUCAAAAAGCUAUAAGAGUAAAGUUAGUGGAGGCAUAUCCACAUAUUGAGAAUUUUAUUGAGCAAAUUUUGCCAAAAAAGGACGCAUUCAGAAUUGUAAAAUGUCAUGAUCAUAUAGAAAUUCUCGUGAAUAGCGCCGGUGAGCAGUUAUUUUUUCGAUCACGAGAAGGUGCUUGGAUGCCAACACUCAGGUUAUUCCACAAAUAUCCGGUGUUCCUUCCCAAGGAGCAAGUAGAUAAAGGUGCUAUUCGCUUUGUGCUUAGUGGAGCUAACAUUAUGUGCCCUGGUCUAACAUCGCCUGGUGCCUUUAUUAAUCCCGUCGAAAAAGGAACUGUAGUUGCAAUAAUGGCCGAAGGGAAGGAGCAUUGCCUUGCUAUCGGACUCACAACAAUAACCAAAAUUAACAAAGGAAUAGGAGUGGAGAAUUGUCACUAUUUGAAUGAUGGCUUGUGGAACAUGAAGCCAGUGAAAUAA